AUGCAUGUCUCGAUCCUCUCUCCUCUGGAUAUUCUAAAGAAUGUGUUCAUGAACCCUUUGUUUGUAGAGACAAAGACUGUAAGGAUGCACCUUCUUCAUACAAUGAGGAUCUUUUUUGCUAUGAAAUAUCCCCACAUUGUGUAACUUCAGGAAAAGGUUGUACUUUAUAAAGAAUAUUCUUGUGAGGAUCUCUUAACCAAAACUAAGUGUACUCAAGAUUACUAAGGAAAAUCAUGUCUUUGGAUGAAUCUCACCCAAACCUGUGUCACUUUUUCGUAGUGUUCUGAUGUAAAAAAGACUACUCUAUCAGAAUGUCAACAAUAUUCUGAAUAGUGUACUAGCAAUGGGAUUAAUUGUAUCUCAUAUUAAAAAUGCUCUGAAUAUACAAAUUCCACAAGUUGUAAAAAGGGCACAGAUGGUGAAUGUGGAUGGGUCAUUGAAUAACUUAAUUAAGAACCAAAAUGCUAGAUCUUCCAAAAUGUAGCACCAAAGAGAACUGUUAAUAAUACUCGGAUACCUGUACUUCUGACGGUUAAAAUUGCAUUGAAAUAGGUAAUUGUCAAUCAUAUAAGACUAAAUAUGGUUGGCAAUUCAUCAGGAAUAGAUGGCCCUUGCUUUUGGAAUGAAUCUUAAUCCCCUCCUGUUUGUAGACUAUAGUAAUGCGUUGAUAUUCCUCUAGUCCCCUACAUGACUUAUCAAUAUUGUUCCACAUUCAACCCAAAGUUAAAUUGCACUACGAAUACAAUCUAUUGUGUUGAUAAAAAGCUCUGCUCUUCAUAUUCUGAAUAAGAAUGCUAUGAAGGUACUGAUGGUCCUUGUGUAUUUGCCAUCCCCUUAAAGCAAUCCUCAGGUACCAAAUAGUGUCGAGCCAAAGAUUGCACAGAUUACAUCGAGACAACAACUGAAGCCUGCUCUAAAUUAUAAAUCUGGCUGCAUUUCUAAAUGGUUUCAGUUGUCUUAAUAAACUUAAUUGUUCUGAAUAUACUACUGAAACCUCUUGUGAUUCUGAUGGAAUCGAUGGAAUAUGCGUUUUCGAGGGAUAGAAAUGUUCGAAAAUGA